AUGAACGGCAAACCAAACGGUCGGCGGCCUCCUCGCCGCCGCGGCGGUGGCGGUACAGGACGCCAUCUUGAUGCGAGGAAUCACGACGGGUCAGCAGUCCCGAAUGGCGGAUAUGCCACUCCAAGCAUCGACACUCCGAAUCGAACCCCGCCCGUCCCGGACUGCCGUCCGCCUCUCACCGAAGCCGUGCCUCUCAACACGCCGAGAUUCGCCGAGCUUGGAGGCCAGAACCUCGUGCACGCGAAAAUCAUCGAGGCCAUCACGGAUGACCUCAAGUUCGAUCACAUGAUGCCCGUCCAGGCCGCCACCCUCUGGGAGCUGCUGCCUCCCAACAAGAGCGACUGUCUUGUCCAGGCCAAGACGGGCACGGGAAAGACGAUUGCCUUCCUCCUCCCGGCCCUCCAGACCAUGAUCACACAGAACAGGGGUCGCGGCGCCGGCAUCUCCCUCCUCGUCGUCUCGCCGACGCGCGAGCUGGCCAUGCAGAUCGCCCAGGAGGCGACCAACCUUCUCCAACGACUGCCCCACUUUCGAGUCCGCAUCGCCAUCGGCGGCACGAACAAGGACAAGGAGGAGAGGCAGAUCCUCGGCGGCUGCGACGUGCUCAUCGCCACGCCCGGCCGGCUCAUCGAUCACAUGUCCAACGAGGACAUCCUCUACGCCUUCCGCCACCUCGACACCCUCGUCCUCGACGAGGCCGAUCGGCUGCUGGACAUGGGCUUCAUGCCGGCGCUGAGAGAGAUUGUCGGCCGCCUGCCCGACCGGAAGCAGGUGCCCCGCCAGGGCAUGCUCUUCUCCGCCACCAUCGCGCCCCACGUCAACCAGGUCGCCGGCCUCGUCCUGUGCCCCGGAUACAAGUUCAUCUCGACCAUCCCCGCCGGCGAGGUCAACACGCACGAGCGCGUCCCCCAGAUGCUCAUCAAGGUGCCCGCCUUCUCCGACGUGGCGCCGGCCAUGGUCGGGAGCGUGCGCGAGGAGGCGGCCCAGCAGCAGCAGCACUUCAAGGCCAUCGUCUUCGCCCCCACGGCCGCCCUCGCCGGCCUGUACGGUCACAUCCUCUCGGCCGUGCCCGGCCUGCCUCCCGUCUCCACCCUCCACAGCCGCAUCUCGCAGGCGAAGCGGACCAAGGUGACCAACGAAUACCGCGACGCCAAGAGCGCCGUCCUCGUCGCCACCGAUGUCAUCGCCCGCGGCAUGGACUUUCCCGGCGUCACCACCGUCUUCCAGGUCGGCAUCCCUUCGGACAAGCAGAGCUACAUCCACCGGCUCGGCCGAACCGCCCGCGCCGACGCCGACGGCCGCGGCAUCUUCAUCGUCUGCGAAGCCGAAGACUUCUUCCCCCGCUGGACCAUGAAGGACAUCAAGCUCAUCCCCCACCCGGCCGAUCUCUCCUCGGCCGCCGACGUCUACGGCAUCGUCGAGAGCAUGGCGGAGGAGGAGGCGCCCAAGAUCUACCAGGCGUGGCUCGGAUACUACAACAAUCACCUCCGCGGCCUUAAGUGGGACAAGGAGGAGCUCGUGAGGCAAGGCAACAUCUACGCCCGAGCCGGCCUCGGAUCUCCCGAGACGCCGCCCAUCGCCAAGACGACGGUCGGCAAGAUGGGCUUGCGAGGCGUCAAGGGCCUCAACACGGUCCCUGACCGACCGAAGCCGAAGCGGUCCCAGGGCGGCGGCGGCGGCGGCGGCGGCGGCCGCGGUCGACGGGGCGCCUAG